UCGAAAGUGAAGUUUGAUCUAGACACGAUCAAGAUUCCCAUUUCGGCGGCAGAUGUGGAAAGCAAUCCACCAACCGAUAUCACGAUUCACGUCAAACGGUUACUCGGUCAAGGUGCGAACGGAUUCUGUCACGAGGUCUGCGUGAACCCGGUUCUGAGCGCGGACAUAAAACGUGGCAAUUCCGCGACCAGGAAACCGGUAUUACCUCGACAAUGCACACUGAAAGUCAUCCCAUCUAAUGUGUAUCGCCGUAAACGGGAAGCAAUUCACCGUGAAAUCAGCGUGCAAAAACGCGUGGCUCAUCCAAACCUAUUGAAACUAUACAUGGCCUAUCAUGAUAGUCGUUUGCAAGCGGUCUGUCUGCUUCUUGAGUUCUGUGCCCUGGGCUCAUUGCUAGACUUCGUCGGGGCUGGGAAUGACAUGACACUGUCACAGUCCAACUCCUAUUUGGAACCGUCCAAUUGUUCCACACCGUUGGAACCCAAACAAACCAAUUUGUCGUUCACGAUCGAUCGAUCACGCCUGUACAAUCCGGAUACCGGUGGAUUGACAGACGAAAUCGCUCGUCACAUAUUUCGUGGGAUAAUGCGUGCGCUUGAUCAUUUGCACGAUCGGCUAUUGAUUGUACAUCGAGAUAUCAAACCAUCGAAUAUCAUGCUCACCGACGGAUGGCAGGCCAAAUUGAGUGACUUCGGACUGGCAUGCACGGUGGAUCAAUGCACCUAUGAUAAGAGGUAA